GUUUUUUCUUUAAUUUCUGUUUAACAUUUAUAUAAAGCUUAUUGCGUAUUCCGUGCGAUGAAUAAUAUCAGUUCUGCGAGGAAAGCUGCAAAAUACGUCGAUUUUGUUGUCGAGUUCGCGGAAUCUAAUGCAGUCGGGCGAACAUAUGACACGCAGCUGUGCCCGCAUAGGACCCGGAUGACUCAACAGCGUGCGUCAACCCCCAAUAUUCUUGUACAUACGUGGCUCUCCCUUUCCUCCCUCUCUCGCCAUCGCGUGAGAAUAGAUUACCCUCCGCGAGGCGAGCUGUCCCCAGCUGGGAAACGAGAGGGAGAGGACGACGCAAAAAGAUCGUCGCCUAGAAAAAGCCACGUCGUCGUUCAAUGUCAAAUUCACGACGUCGCGACUAUGCGUGAAUUCCCGUCGUCGCCAAGGGUGAGUCAGUCAGUCAAGCCACCCCUCCGGAUGACGGUCAAGGAGAUCGGAUGCGAAGGAAGAGAAAAAAAACGCGAUUAACCGGCGAGGAUUGGGGAAGUAGGAGCCAGACGUCGAUUGGUCCCCACUCGAGAGCGGUGGGGACCCGGUCCAGGAAUGUCGUGCUCAUUCACGAGACCCUGCAAGACUUCUGGUAUCCCCGGCAUGAGAGAGGAACAACGAAUGCAGAUGCACAUCCCGGGGGAGCUCGUCGCUGCGCCGAUCCUGGCGAGAGGGGGCCUGUCGUCCCUUGGAGGGGUCGCGCCGCCAGUGGAGGGGAUGAACGACCGGCGCCGCUCGACGUCUGUUACCUGGCCUGGCCGCAGAAGCAGCAACCGGCCAGUCUCAGUGUACCGUCUCGCUCCUGCCCUUGAACAACGCUCGCCUGCUACUACUCGACGGUCUCUCGCGCCUGCCUUCCUGCGCCCCAGAAACUCGCUCGCGUCAACUGACAGAUUUAAAAGUAUAAGGCUGAACCAUGUCGAGUCCAUCGUUGAAGGAUCUGCCCAAAGUAGCCUUAGACCUUAAAAGCGAGCUGGAAGGUUUCAAUCAUGGAUGUAUGAAGAAAGCGGCUACUGCUGAGAAGAAUGUUUUACCUUCCGCCGAAGACGUACGACAGGAGCGGCAGCACUCUGAGUUGAUACAUGGCCUGGAGACUUUUAAGGCAGAUCAGUUGAAGCAUGCCGACAUGAAAGAGAAGAUUGUAUUGCCAAACGCUAAAGAUGUUGCCGCGGAGAAGACCCAGCAAACACUGAUUGCCGGAAUCGAGAAGUUCGACACCGCGAGUCUGAAGCAUACCGAGACCCAGGAGAAGAACCCACUACCUGAUAAAGAUGCGAUCCAACAAGAGAAGGGGAAGCAACAGCUGAUCUCUGGAAUCGAGAACUUUGAUCCGGCGAAGUUGAAGCACGCGGAAACCCUCGAGAAGAAUCCUCUGCCCACCAAAGAAGCGAUCGACGCCGAAAAGAUAGCCGCUUAGAGAAGCUGCCGCCGACGAAAACGAACGAAGGAAAGGAACGGGGACGUCGCCACUCAUCGUUUCUUCCAUUUUCUAUAUCCGUGACAUUUUAUAACAAUUAUUCAUACAUUGCCAAGGAAAAAAAAGCGCGAAUGCGAAGCACUGUAUUAGUAUCGUAAUGCUAUUAUACUUAUCCUAGCGUCGGUAAUCGGCGUGUUUUCCUUCUGGCGAGAGAUCAGAGGACUCUCUCGAGCCAAAAACGUCCAACGUCGAAUCGGGUGGUCGAUGAAACGAUAACCGCUUUGCUGCCUGUUUCCUAUCUCGGUACACAAAAUAUCCCGAGAGACAAUUCGACAACAAUCAGACAACGACGAGAACGGAUCUAAGUAAAUGUAAAUCCUUGUCUCGCACUAAGCUUUUUUUCUAACUUGUCCCUUUUUCUCUCUUACGUCUAUUCUUCUCGUUGCUAAAUAUAUGGCAAAAUAUCACAGAGAGAUUGUCUAAAUUCGGCUGCUCAACUAGAGAAAAAAAACAUUCUUAUAAAAGAAGUUUUUUUUUUAGUAAUGGCGAAUUAGAAAUCUUACUUUGCGCGAGACGGGGAGGCCUAAACUCAAAAAGAUCGCGGAAUUGUCGUCUUCUCGCCGAAGGAUGUAGUUCUUUUUUUAUACCGAGAGAGUUGCACGCGCGGGCACAUUCGUUAUUUUCGAUAUAACAGGCAAAAGAAUCGGUGGCGUUGUAUGAUGAUGCGAUUACAACGAACAUCGUCGAAGCACAUACAUACGCAAUGGUCUUUUUGAUCUUAUAUAUUUAUGUAAAAAUCAUAUUUUAUACAAACGGGCUAUUGUACUUUUUUAAUAUUUCUUACACAUCGCAUUGUCAUUCCGAUGAAUUUAUUACGAGAAAUAAAAAAAAGUAAUUUGUACAAAAA